AUGACCUUGGGGGAAUCUGUGGGAUUGCUGAGGAAUAGCAAAGGACGAUGCUUCUGCGAAACGGCUGGCGCUACCAUGAUGCCCUCGGGUGUCAGUACCGAGCCAUCUGAUAGCAGCGUUGAGUAUGUGGCGUCCGUGUCCCGAAUACAGCACUGCAGUAUGACCUCGGAUGCUGGAGGGAUAAUCGUGGUCGUUGCCGCGUGGACAGGAAUUGCCCUAGCCGGAGUGCCGGCUGUACUGGGCUUGCCUGAGGUCGAUGAAACUAUGGGGAUGAUCUCGUUUCCCAUGAUAAACAAUCGCUCGUGGUAG